CAGGGUGGAGCCGGAAUUUACCUUUGUACUUCACCCAGGCCAGGGUUGGUGGUGACUGGCUGGGUGGGUCUCGAACUGGCUGCCAUCCUGACGCGUCUCACAGCUGCAAGCAGGUCCUGGCAAUCAGCCACCAUGGCCUUUCAGCUUCUCGGGCUGGCAGAGGAGUCUGGCCCAAGCCCUGGGGAGUCUGGACUGGCUGUGAACCCCUUUGAUGGGCUCCCUUUCUCUUCUCGCUACUACGAGCUGCUUGAGCAGCGCCGAGCCUUGCCCAUCUGGGCUGCUCGCUUUAUCUUCUUGGAGCAAUUGGAGAGUAGCCCCAGUGGAGUGGUGCUGGUGUCUGGAGAGCCUGGCUCUGGCAAGAGCACCCAGAUCCCUCAGUGGUGUGCAGAGUUUGUACUGGCCAGGGGGUUCCAGAAGGGCCAGGUAACUGUCACUCAGCCCUACCCGCUGGCAGCCCUGAGCCUGGCCCUGCGGGUUGCUGAUGAGAUGGACCUGACCCUGGGCCAUGAGGUUGGAUACAGCAUCCCCCAGGAGGACUGCACUGGGCCUGACACCCUACUCAGGUUUUGCUGGGACAGGCUGCUUCUGCAGGAGGUGGCCUCGACCCGGGGCACUGGAGCCUGGGAUGUACUGGUGCUGGAUGAGGCUCAGGAGCGGUCAGUGGCCUCAGACUUGCUCCAGGGGCUGCUGCGAGAUGCCAAGCUGGGAAACCUUCCAGGGGACCCUAGAGUGAUUGUGGUUACUGACCCAGCCCUUGAACCUAAGCUCCAAGCCUUCUGGGGCAAUCCUCCUAUUGUGCAUGUACCCAGAGGGCCUGGCGAGUGUCCCACUCCCAUCUACAGGGACUCUGUCCCCACUGAUCGAGUAGAAGCUGCCUGCCAAGCCGUGCUUGAAUUGUGUCAGCAGGAAGCUCCAGGAGAUGUGCUUGUGUACCUGCCCAGUGAGGAGGAAAUUUCCCUGUGCUGUGAAUCCUUGUCCAGGGAGGCAGGGCACUUGGCUCUCCAAAGGCCUCCACCACAGGUGCUGCCCCUUCACCCAGGCCAUGGUCAAGCCAUUCAGGCUGUGUACCAGGACAUAGACUCGGGUGCCCGAAAGGUCGUGGUCACUCACUGGCUGGCUGACUUCUCCUUCUCCCUCCCUUCCAUCCGACAUGUCAUCGACUCAGGACUGGAGCUUCGAAGUGUGUACAAUCCUCAGAUCCGAGCAGAAUCCCAAGUAUUGAGGCCAAUCAGCAGGUGUCAGGCAGAGGCAAGACGACUGCGGGCAAGAGGGGUCCCACCAGGAUCCUGCUUCUGCCUGUAUCCUAAGUCCUUCCUAGAACUAGAGGCUCCCCCACUGCCCCAACCCAGGGUGUGUGAGGAGAAUCUGAGCCCCCUGCUAUUACUACUAAAGAGGAGACAGAUUGCAGAGCCAGGGGAGUGUCACUUCCUGGACCAGCCUGCUCCAGAAGCACUGAUGCAGGCCCUGGAAGACCUAGACUAUCUGGCAGCCCUGGAUGAUGACGGUGACCUGUCAGACCUGGGAGUCAUCCUUUCAGAGUUCCCCCUGCCCCCUGAGCUGGCCAAAGCCCUGCUGGCCUCGUGCGAGUUUGACUGUGUGGAUGAGAUGCUCACCCUCGCCGCCAUGCUCACCGCUGCCCCUGGGUUUACCAGUCCUCCGCUCUGUGCAGAAGAAGCUGCCUUGCGACGGGCCCUGGAACAUGCAGAUGGUGAUCACAGCUCUCUGAUUCAGGUGUAUGAAGCCUUUAUACAGAGUGGAGCAGACAAGGCUUGGUGCCAGGCUCGGGGUCUAAACUGGACAGCUUUGUGCCAAGCCCAUAUACUUCGAGGAGAACUCCUAGAACUCAUGCAACGAAUUGAACUUCCUUUGUCCCAACCAGCCUUUGGCUCUGAGCAGAAUCGCAGAGACCUUCAGAAAGCACUGGUGUCAGGAUACUUCCUCAAGGUGGCCCGAGACACAGAUGGGACUGGAAAUUACCUGCUCCUAACCCAUAAGCAUGUGGCCCAGCUCUCCCCAUACUGCUGCUACCGAAGCCGCCGCGCUCCAGCCAGACCCCCACCGUGGGUGCUUUACCACAAUUUCUCCAUUUCCAAAGACAACUGCCUUUCCAUUGUUUCUGAGAUCCAGCCACAGAUGCUGGUGGAAUUGGCCCCUCCAUACUUCCUGAGUAACUUGCCCCCCAGUGAAAGCAGAGACCUCCUGAACCAGCUGAGGGAAGAAAUGGCAGAUUCUUCUACAGGGAGUGAAUCCUCCUCCACCCAAGAGCUUGGAAAUGCCUGUGUCCUGCAGUGACCUGCCAAGGAAUAGAGCUGAGCUCAUCUCAUCACAUCAGAUCCUCCCUCAGGCUAGCACCAAGGCAGCCAGCCAGAUUUAGAGGCCCACAGUUUAGGGUCAAAUGUAAAUCCUGGAACCUAAGUCUCAACAAACGAUGGGCUGGGAGUAGAGGCAAUCGGGUAAGCCGCAGUCUACAUAGGGUAGAACCCUUUCCUUAGCUUUCUUCUAUUUAUUGGAGAGGAACUGACAUACUCCCCAUAACCCCAAUUUAUGCCAAACCCAUCCUUGUGCUCCCUUUUGGUCUAUAAAAGGUCUUUUUCUAUGGUGUCAAA